AUGAUCAUCUUCGACUUCGACGGCACUCUGAUGCACACCAUGGACGCCAUCAAGGAAACCUGGGCACACGCCUUGCAAGCCCUCCUCCCCGACUUCGACCCCUCGGCCAGCGAGAAGGACCUCCAGCGCCUGAUAUCCUCCGGCGCCGCAGCCCGCGUGACGUUUGAUACCCUCUGGCCAGCUCAACACCGCGACAAGCUAAACAUCGAGGACUGCAUAAAGGUCUUUCGCGAGAUAUACGUACAGCACGGGCUACCCCUCCAGAAGGCUUUCCCGCGUGCGAGGGAAGUCCUCCUGGCCAUCGCGUCGCGCAACAUCCCAAUGGCCAUCGUGAGCAACAAGGGCGUCGAGAUGAUCAAGACAACAAUGAAACAGCACGGUUUGGACGGUAUCAUCCCGGAUGAGUACAUCAUCGGCGAUCCGCUCUACGGUGAGAAGAGGAAGCCGCAUCCGGCAUCCUAUACGGAGCUCCUUGCGUCGAGGUUUCGGGCUAGGACUGGCGAGGACCUUCUGGCGGCCGAAGGCGAUGUUAUCAUGGUUGGUGAUACUAUUUCUGAUAUCAAGUUCGCGAGGAACAUUGGGGCCAGGGUAUGUUGGUGCUCGUUUGGGGACGGAAACAAGGAGGAGUGUCCAGCGCUGGAGCCGGAUUUCACGAUUACGACUCUGGCUGAUUUGAUUGGAGUGAUUGAUGCGCUUUCUUAUUCGGAGAAUACUGGGAGUGUUGUUAAAGCUGUUUGUGCGUCGAUCGAAACGGGGGCUUGA